UCGCAUCUUCUCGAUACUUCUAGGGUUUCUGCUGCAAAGCUUUAGGGAUCUUGGAAUCCUAGAUCUGUCUACCUCGAUGUUGUCCCUUUAACCAUUCCUUGGAUCGAUAAAUCUUUGGGAAUCCGGAUCUAGGAUUUUGUAGAUGUCAAAUUUCGUCAGAAAAUUCCAAUCUUGGAAAGACCUAGUGUGUUUCGUCCCUGUCGUGAAUGUGUUCUCCUCUAUUACGGACGGUUCGACCUCGCAUAUCGAUUCUCGCUGAUGCAGUUGCGUUUUCUUGAUUAUUUGAAGGGCAAGAGGUCGUUUUGAGGUGAUCAUUAGCCACUGCAAUCAUGAGUUAUUUUUUCCGGGGGAGUCGGGCGGACAUCGAAAGCGGCUUGCCUGGAUUUAUACCGGAUAGGCGACCGGUGCGAAUGCAUGCGGGAGUUCGUCCUGUUAAUAACAAUUCGAUGGCUUUUCUCGUAACCGUCCUUGUGCUGUUCAUGAUAUUGAAUUCACAUCAGAUGUCACCCAACUUUCUGCUUUGGCUUGUUUUGGGAGUGUUUCUGAUGGCCACCAGCCUUAGGAUGUAUGCAACUUGCCAACAACUUCAGGCCCAAGCCCAAGCUCAUGCUGCGGCUGCAAGUGGCUUCCUUGGUGGCACGGAGCUGCGGUUGCAUGUUCCACCAUCCAUAGCCUUUGCCACGAGAGGACGCUUACAAAGCCUCAGGCUCCAACUUGCUCUUCUUGACCGGGAAUUCGAUGAUUUAGAUUAUGAUGCUUUAAGAGCACUGGAUUCUGAUAAUCCUCCUGAUGCUCCUUCGAUGACCGAGGAAGAGAUCAAUUCGCUACCUGUACACAAAUACAAGCUUCAAUCCUCCAAUCGGCAAAGUGGUGGAUCAGUUCUGCAACAUGCAUCGUCUUCUUCAAUAUCUGCAACUGAGCAGAAAAGGCAGGAAGGUACUAAACUAGAUGGAAACUUGAAGACUCCAGAAGAUGAACUGACAUGCAGUGUUUGCUUGGAGCAAGUCAAUGUAGGAGAAUUAGUAAGAAGCUUACCAUGCUUACAUCAGUUUCAUGCAAACUGUAUCGACCCCUGGUUGCGUCAGCAAGGUACAUGUCCUGUCUGCAAACAUAGGGUGAAUUCUGGAUGGCAUGCACACAGUGAUGGCGAAAUGGACAUGGUUUAACUGGUUCUAUUUAUUACUGGGAGAUCUGAACACAAGGCAUGCAUGGUUGCUGCUGGAUCAAUGGUGCAUGUUGCUUAAUGUCCGAAAGGAUUUGAUGUGGAUACGAUUAACUCUAUGUACAGUAUUAGUUCACUACUUGUUAAACUAUAAAGUAGCUUGUAUUAACCCUAUUAUCGAAUUUUUGUGUGAAUUUUAAGAUUGAGCAAAAGUCUUGGAGGUGCAGCAAAUCAAGCUUCUUGUUCAGGCAAUCUUCAUUUUGUUGGCAUCAGAUUCCUUUUGAAUUUGAUAAGCAGGAUGAAACCUGCCAUAUUUCUUGGAUUGAGAUCA